AGUACCAGUGCUAUAGAAAACAUUAAUGACAGCAAGAAAAGAUGGAUUGUGGUUGGUCUUGCACUGAAGGACUUAGUGGACCAAAUUCGCUCUUUUGUAAAAAAGAAAGUUCUAAAGGAUUAUGACAAUCUUAGAACCAGUCAUGGUAUUGAUUCUCAGAGCUCAUCUAGUCGAUUGGAGAGCAGGGGUUUCACUUUUCUGAAGUAUGAAAACAUCAAUGGCAAUAAUGCUCUACCCAAGCUCCGAGAUGGGAAGUUUGAUUAUGCUGAAUUUGACUACCGCGUAAUGUCACAUGUGGACUAUGCAAAGCUGUACUUACAGGACUACAUGACUAAGUUCACAGUGUUUGAUGAGCAUUGUGAUGCUUCUGCUGUGCUUAACUUGCUUGUUAGAGUUCCAGUGUUCUCUCGCACUGUUCAGAAAGCUGCAGAAAGUGUUGGGAACGAUAGAAAUGCCUGGGCUCACCCUGUAUUCCAAGACUGGAAUUCGGGAAAGUUUCAGCAGUGUUUUCAAGACAUGGAAACGUUGGCGAAUGCUCUGGGUCUGCCAUUUGCAGAUAAAACAAAGCUCUUAGCAGCUCUCAAAACGUGGAGGGUAACAGGUACUAACAGACAUAAUCUGUAUAAAAGCCUGCAAUAUCCAUGGGAACAUCCCUGCUUGGCUUUUAUCCCUACUAGGCUUCAUUGUGGUGGGAAAAGUUUUUAGGAAAGCUUUAAGGAUCUUAGCUUUAGAUGGAAGGAAGUGUAGGUGGGUCCCGGGGGGGGGGGACUCCCAUUUGAAACAGACGGGGAUGCUCGUCGGAAAUUUGGAAUUUGACUCCUAAAGGAGACCAUCUGGGCGUGGCUCAAGCUUUUUGUGACCCCUAAAGGAGACCAAUCCGGGCGUGGUUUAAGCAAAUUUUGACCCCUAAAAGAGACCGCUUAAAAACACACAAAUACGACAUGCAAUGAGUUUUAAUGAUAUAAAGACGUAAUCAUCGAAUGCUUUUAUCUAAAAGUAGUUUUAAAAGCAUUGUCACAGAGGUAAUGCGGUAAACAUUACAACUAAAAAGACAAUUUGACUUCUGUUUCUCUUCGCGUAAUUCUGUGUUUCUUCGCGGAACCCUAAACGAGACCUUGGCACCUUAAAAUAUUGGCGCUUUGCCCGGAACACCCUAAGCGAGACCAAAAUCCAAAAUUUACACCCGUAAGCGAAACGACGAGCAUCCCCGUCUGUUUCAUAUGGGAGUCCCCCUCGGGAGGUGGGUAGUGGAACAAGAUUUCGUGGGAAUUUUUGGGUCAACUUUACAUGUUUUUUUUGCCCUUUUCUCCGGUCCUCUUCACUGAAUCAUGCUCAUUCUGCUAUGGUUUGAAAGAUCUUUUCCCCAUACACGAGUCAGAUGACAAAGUUUUCCUUGACCGUUAAAACUGAUGACGUCACAAGCUAUGGAAGGGGCGUGGAUCCGCACGGGCGGUUUAGGGGCGAAUGGAUUAAUGGGUCAUUUGUUUUUGUUUGUUUGUUUUUUUGGCUAAGGUGACAAGACAUCAGCUAUUUUAAGCAAACGAUAUUAUUAUCUUGCUAUCAAAGGCGCAAAAUAUUGUAACGCAACAGUCACUGGAAUAUCAACUCUUUCCAAGCAAAACGCAUACAGAAAGUCUUAAGCAAAGAGUACAGCACAAUUACAAGUCAACUUUAAACUCCUUUCAUCUACACAUGUAAACCAAAACGUUCUGCCACUUUUCACUGUAUUCAAAUUGUUUGACAGGACAUACCUAAAUAACCCGUAGUAAACGAAACGAAAACUCGCCGUCGUGUGUUUGCGACCUCCAUAACACAUCGAAUAAGGAAAUUUCACGUCGUGGUCGUACAUUGACGGCAAAGAAAUGUACCAAAACGUAUGCUGCACGUGCAGAAUUGUUGUUUUGCUAAUCUGACGUUGUCGUCGUGGUCGUUGCGAAUUUCUACUAGGGCUGUGUUCACACUAUACUGGAUAACUUUUGCGCCGGUACGAAACCCAUACCCGAUAGCAGCUUCUGUUCACACAUAAGAACCGUGAUUUCGGCGCUAUUUCUGUAACGAAGCGAAGCUGCGCCGCGCCGAUCUCUUAAUACUAUUGUUUGUUGCGGUGUGAACACCUGUUCGGCCCGUGGCAGAAACACAUAAAUGGGAGCGAGGCCUGGAACCCACUGAGACGAAAGUAAAUAUUCAGGAGGGAAGACUUGGAAUUUAGUGCAUCAAACCGUCUCGGCCAACCUCCCCGGCUGGCACGAUAUUCGAUGUGUGUGAACGACUUGUGCCGCCCUGGGUCGUUGCUGUUCUCACUAUAUCGGAUAGCUUUUCGUGGCGACAGCCUAAAUCUUCAGUUUGAAUUAAAUUAAAGCUUCUCAAUGAAAACAAUGGCAAACAUUACGUGCAGUAUAAUUCAGUGUUGAGAUAGUAAUGAAUCGUAACGUAGUUAAACUUCUACUUUUUCUUGUUUGCCAAGGACCGUCACUUUGUAUGAAUCCUUCUGUGGACGCAGUAUUAUUACAGAUGGUACAACAGCAUGUUCAUAAGCUGAUAGCUGAUGUCGACAAGAUGGUGUUUGCAGUGGAUUGCGACAGGGAGACAGUAAAGAAUGUACUGGAAGAUGUUGCUGGUGAUGUGAAGGAACUGGAAAAACGCGUUUCAGUUGUUGAGAAGGAAAAUAAAGGAUUAACACGCAGUAUGAAAAGCUUUCAAGAUGAACAGAGAGCUAUGGGAGGAAAGUUCAAGUCUCUAAAGUCAGACCAUGAUUUUGUAGAACAACGAGUAACACAAGUGGAAGAGCAACUUAGAUCUUCUCUUCCUCAAGUCAGUUUUGGUAAAUAUGAUUAUUCUUAUUAUCUUUCAAACUUUAGCUUCUGUUUAAUUUUGUUUAAUCCUGUGGUGUUUCAAUGAUAUUGGAAAACGUAUCCAAAAUACAAAAAGGUGAUGAUUGCAAACCUACAUUUAAAGCUUUAAAUUUUUCAUUUACAAGAGAACUUUAUAAUAAGCGAAGUUACCAAAAUUAAUAUUCGCAAUAAAUCCACUUGAUGAAAAACAUUACGCGAUCUGCCCAUUGAAUGACUAAAACGCGUAAAAUUAUCCAUAACUUCAACUUUUAUUCAAAUUUUGUGCAAACGUUAUAGACAACUUUCAUUGGACAACAAUGAAAUUCAGCGAUUUUGUAGCCUGUUACGCUGAUCAAUUGCAGCUCCGAAAAUUUUAAUGGAAGUAAAUCUAUCUACGAAUUUUGAUAUUAUCACUUAUUUUCGUAAAAGUCGCCUUACAAAUUGCAAAAAGAGCUCAGUAUUAUGCAUUACCGUGAUGUAUAUCUAGCCGAUUUUCUGAAAACCAACCCAACGAAAAUAGCAGUCAUUUGUGUGAAAUGGCGUCAAAAGGCAGGUUUUUGAGGCUUGAUAAGCUGCAAAAUCAAAAUACUAACAAAGGAAAAAGAAAGAGCGACGAGGAAGAAAGAAGGAGAAGAGGAAAAAGCAAUGGUUGCACUCUUACUUUUUAUAAUGGCUGCUGUGGUUUUUGCCGGAUAAAAACCGUUGGACACAAAAAGGUCCAUUUGGCGGUAACGUUUUUGUAAAAUCCGACUAGAUAUACAUUUUGUUAUUCGAAAUCGCGCAUGUGUAGCUCUCUCGAGCGGUUUGGUGAAUGUUAAAGAGACAUUUUUUAAACGAAUAAGUUGUAAAAUCGUUCCAGAAACAUCUAGUAAGUAGCCUACAGUAUCUUUACUGAUUCCUAACAUAUAGAUUUUUGUGAAACUUCGCAAAGCAGAAAAGCACCAAAGUAUACGUAGCGUAGUGCAUUCCCAGGGGAAAUACGACUUAGGACUGAAAUUCAAUGAGGAGCAAAAACAAUUGUGACGUCAUUGUCACGUGAUAUUCAUUCGGAUCGCAAAAAAGAUAUAAUAAAGUUCAAUCUCUGUGUAAUUCAUGUGUUAUAAUGGAUUUACAGUGAAGACCAAGCUGUUGUUGGAAGUCUAAUAGAAAAGGUUUUUACUCAAGUAAGGAAAUGUGGAUCACUGAAAUGUAAUUCAGCUUUCGUACUCGUCUAAGCACUUUGUUUUUCGUCCUUUUUUCCCCGUAGAAAUUUCCAAUUUUGAAGCCGAUAUCGCCUUUUUCAGCGAGCGACAUGAUCCAGAAACGAGAGAGUGGCUCUUUGGAGAUAUUAACAGUUGGUUCCAUGCUCCUGGUGACUCCAGAGCUUAUGUUCUCCUGGGUGAUGCGGGAGUUGGCAAAAGUGUAAUAGCAGGAGCCCUGGCAAAGCGGGCACAGGAUGCUGGGUACUUAGGCGCUGCUUUCUUUUGUCGUCACAAUGACGAGACAAGAAAUGAUCCCAGAUGUCUUUUAGGUACUAUAGCUUGCCAACUUUGUAAAUGUAGUGUUCAAUACAGUAAUAUGGUGGGAGGGGAGGGUGGUGUAAGAAUGACAUUAGCCAAUAGUAAGUUAAGUAUUGGUGGGUUGUUUACGAAACUGUUACAAGAACCUUUAGGUAAGUGCGCGCCUUGUGAACAAAGAAAAUUAGUCAUUAUUGACGCUCUAGAUGAGACAGAGUACAAGUCCAGGGACGAUUUUCUUGAUCUGGUUAUGCACCGUUUUCCCCGGCUUCCAAAGUGGCUUUUGUUUUUUAUUACCAGUCGCCCUGAGGAUACCGUGCAGUUCACUCUGAAAAAUUAUAACCCUUGCGUUAAAAUAUGCGCUGGGUACGGCAAACAUCUUAAUGUUUAUCAGCAGCACGAGCAGGACAUAAAGCAAUUUUUGGAGAAAAGAGUCGAUUUUUCCUGUCUCCCAUGCACAGUUGAAAUCGUAACAAAGAAGUGCAGUGGGUUGUUCUUGUACGCGUUCUACAUGGUAGAAGUGUUAAAUAAUUUAGCAUGUUCAGGUAACAUUGGUGAACUGACUGAACUUUUCCCAGGGGAUAUUGAUGAUUUUUUUUAUGUAAAUUUCAAGCGCAUUUUUGAUAAAGUGGGAGCAGAUCUCUUCAGAACUUUGUUCGGUUGUGUUGCAGCUUCUCCUUCUCCUCUUCCGCGGUCAUUUAUUUCAUUCCUUCUAAAGAGGGAAAAAUCAAACCUGGACGAACAAGAAGUUAUUGACACCGUUUCAAUAUUUUUGGUACUCCGAGCUUCUGAUCUGACCUUUGCCUUUCUUCACAACUUAAUCCCAUCCUGGCUGACCGACAGGAACAAAGCUCGACGAUUUUUUGUCGACACUACCAAAGCAGGUGAGUGCUUAAAAAAUAUUGUUCUGGAAUUUCUUCCCUCUGUAAUGGACUUCUCAUCCGCGAAGAAACAUCCGUCUGUCGAAAAAGAUUUUCUGGACUAUGUCUUGCAUGUUGGCGUUCGUGUUUUGUGUGGUUACGAUGACGCAUGUUCGAUGAAGAUCGUUUACAACUGCAUGACCAGCUACCAUUUUAUCCAGCACAGAAUACAGAAAAGCCGGAUUGGCGUUUAUUCUGUGAUUGGUGAUCUCAAGCUUUCUGCUUGCUCACAGACUCUUGAUGAUACUGAAAAGGAAAUUCUGCAAGGAGUUUGCAGAGCGCUGGAAAGAAAUACCCAUACUCUUCUGGAAUGUCCACAUCUUCUUCCUUCCUGCCUGCAAAUGGUGUCCAAAGCUGUCAAAUUAAACAUGACAAUUCCCGAUGGAGUGUCCACCACUUGGAUGGAGUGCAGCUGGCUUCCUUUCCCUGCUCCUAAAGCCACUGGUAACAAGGUCAGGAGUUGCUUCGCUUUUUCUCCUGAUAGGAAGUUUUUAGCCGAAGUCAGAAACGGAUGCAUCUCGUUGUACAAUUCAUGCUCCCUUGAAAGGUUGCUUGGCCCAGUCAAAACAGAAGAAUUGGUAGACGUAAAACGUCUGGUAUUUUCUUCCUGUGGUAAUUUUGUCUUAUUUGGAAAAUUUGAUAGAGCGUUCUCAGUAAAACGAGGAAUUAUUGAAACAUAUUUCCCAUCACAAACAGUUCAUCUUUCAUCUGAAUGGUUUUCGUUUACCCAUGAUCGACAACACAUCGUGGUGAAGUGUAAGAGUUUACUUACUCCCAAGUGCUGGUUGUGCCUUUUAAAUCACCUUUGUUUGUGGGCCAAAUUGGAAAUUGCACAGAGCCGGGAAAGAGAACCCUUAUGUCGAUGUUUUCCUGACAAGCUGAAAGUGACAAGAAAAUAUUCCCAAUUAGCAGCCUAUCAAGGUUCGCGCAUUACAGCAAUGAGGCCAUUGUUAGAUCUCCUCAGCGAAAUGAAGCAGGAAGAAUGGUGUUCACUUUUACAAAAGGUACGACUUACUAGAGGAGAUGGAACGUUUCUGGUUUCAAGUUGUAAGAGCUGUAAAACAGCAAAAGACUAUGAAGCAUUAACCUUGGAAGAAGUUCGUCAGUUUGUUAUUGACCACUACUCUGAGGUAUUUAAAUAUCAAGUUUUUGAUAUGCAAACGGGUAAACCUGUGCUUAAUCUAUCCUCAUCUUCCGGCCGUGUCGAGGUGGGCCCCUUUAUUCAUUUUUUUCACCUGGGCACAGCAUUUGAGGUAUGUGGCACACUUUUUACCGGCACGGGUAAAGCUUUGUCACUCUCCAAUAUUGCGUUACUAAGCACUAUUUGUCAUCACCUUCUCUUCCGUAAAGUAAGUAAAUUGGUAGAAUUCUAUGUUUUUUAUCCUUUUCUGCCCCCACGUAGUCCAUUCAAAUGGUAUCGGCCUGGUCCUGAUGGAAUAGUUAGCUUUAAAGUGGAUAAAGGUAGCGUCGUUAGCCAGAACGUGGCACGUGUCAUUAAAGACGUCAAACGCUAUGCUCGCGUGGAGGACGAUAUAGUUCUUUAUGAGACUCAUGAGUUCCUUCGAUGUGCCCUCUGUCUCCAGACCGGCACCACUACUGUUCUGGACAGCUUCCACGCCUACAUGAGGUUAUGGGACCUUGAACAGAAUCUAGUUGAACCUCGCACCUGCGCCGUCGGUGAAACUAUUGAAGAGUUAAGAGAGAAAGCCUCAGCCUCAUCGACUUAUACAUUUACCGACUUAUCUAACGAUGACACUUAUGAAGCAAUAGAAAGGGCUUCAGUCUUGUCAACAGUUUCACCUAUAGUAGCGUUCGAACUGUCAAAUCUCCCUGAUGAAGGCAAAAAAGUGUUUUUCUGUGACAGUAUACCUUGCUUAUCACCACCAGGAGUGAUAUGGGUGGCCAAAGCGUUUGUUAACGAUGCUGAGACUGGGGUCUUCUUGUUUCGUGUAAUACAUCCAUAUCAGCAGCAACAUUCCAACAACCCAGAAUACGUCAUAAAGGAGGUCGCCCAAUUCGGUUUCACAAAUGACCACUCAUUUUUCUUGUACUUAAGUGUUCACGACACACUUCACGCUUUCUCCCUCCAGUCGGGCACCAUUCUGCAGAGCGUCUCAGGAGUUAGCCCGUUAUUCUUCAAUUUUGAAGGGCAAGCUGGCUAUCAUUUUCAGGCCGAUGACGAAGGUAAAACUCUGCUUUUGCAAGACUUCCCUUGUGAUUUUUUGAAACAUUUUCUUAUUCCAUCCGCUAGAAAACCAAUGCAAGUAAACUUUGUUACAGAUGACACUUUCCUGGUUCUUUAUGUGGACUCAUUAGUUGCGUCGUUUCAAGCAACUGGUGAACGAUGUACUGACACUUUAUUUUCUCAACGUCUCUCAGGUUCGCUUGGCCCUUGGCAAGUGAAGAAAUGCGCAUUUUCUUCGGACGGAAAGCUUAUUGCCGCUCACCAUGGCAACAUGAUAACGUUACACGAUGCAAUCGGACAAGACGGUUGUCAGUUUCUAUGUUCCGUUUUUGAACCUGACUACGAAUUUAAAGUCGUUGAGCUUAUAUUCUCAGCUGACAAUGCCUUACUUCUUUUUUGUAUCCUACGGGACAGGAAUUGGCCCUUCGCGUUUGUUUGGAACGUAAGGAAGAAGGUAGAACCACAGUCAUUUGACCCACCAGGGCUUCUUUCUGAGAAUUUCUGCUGCUGUUUUACUGUUGAUAACAAAAUAGUGUUGUGCACUGAGCUCUAUAUCGAGAUAUGGGAUCAGGCAGCAAGUCCAUGUCAUUUAUUAACAAGACAAGCUCUCGAUGUGCGUUACAACGAGACUGACAAGAUUACCUACUGUACCGUUUCUCGGAACAAUGAUCUACUGGCUUGUUGCGUUGUAGAUCGAAUCCUACUCUACUCGCUUAACAGUCCUACGAAUCAGCCCUAUUUGAACGAGCUACCUCGAGCCCAUUUAGGCAAAAUCGAGUUUUGUCGGUUUUUGAAUGGGAAUCGCUACAUCAUAUCAUAUGGUAUUGAUGGUGCUGUGUUCUUGUGGGACUUACUUGAGUGGAGAGCCAUUUCGUUUAUUAGAAUUCCACGGGAGGGUGACAACAUUUCUUUCAUGACCGUGUCCCCAAAAGAAAACAAAGUAGUUUUUUGUGCUUCGUUUGGAGGAUUCUUUCAAAUAAGUCUGAACGGAUUAAAAUCCGAGAUGUUGUCAUUAGAGCGGUUUCAACUGGAAGGAAUGAGGAAAGAGCACAAUGUGUUAACCCCCACUGGAGCAGUUUGCCCCAAUGCUGAACAGAUUGCUGAGAACGCGGACACUUCAAAAGUAGUAGAAGAGAUGGAUUUUAUGUGUCUUUCUGACAGUAAUGAAGACAGCGAUGGAGAUCAAUCAGAAAAUUCAGGGGCUGAUCAAUAA